AUGGUGAUCAAGUUCACGUCGAACAGUGUGACACCGCCGGCGAUGAUUUAUAUGGGAGUGGACAAGGUGGAAAACGAGGAUCUGAUCAAAGUAAGGCUUCAAAAAUUGUGAAAAAUUAUGAAACAAGAAGGUUCAAUCGAAACUUGAUAAAAUUUGAUUAGAUUCAUUCAAAUUUUCUGGUUUUACAGUACGGAUGGCCGGAAGACGUGUGGUUCCACGUGGACAAGCUCUCCUCCGCCCACGUCUACCUCCGUCUCCCGCCCGGAAUGUCGAUCGAAGCGAUUCCGGCGGAGCUCCUCGAAGAUUGCUGCCAACUCGUCAAGCAGAACUCGAUCGAGGGAUGCAAACUCAACAACGUGGCCAUCGUAUACACGAUGUGGUCGAACCUCAAAAAGACGGGCGACAUGGCCGUCGGACAGGUUUGCCGCUGAAUUUCGUGGAAAAGUGUUGAAGAGACAAGCCAUUCCAGGUCGGAUUCCACAGUCAUAAGGCCGUGAAGCACACGGUCGUCGAGAAGAAGUGCAACGAAAUUGUGAACCGAUUGGAAAAGACGAGAUGGAAGGGCGACAUCGAUUAUAAGUGAGAUUUCGGAAAGAAAAUUGAGUCAACGCGUGUUAGAAGCUUUUGAUUUGAGUGCUUAGUUGAUUUCCAAAUAUGUGAACAGAAAAUUGAGUUUUUCGAACGAAGCUGAGCCAUUCAUAAAAAGUCUGGCCUGACCUGACUCUUGUGAUUUUCUGAUCGGCUCCAAACUCUGCAGGCUUUUUAGACGUGAAUCGAAGAAAUUUCGGGUCAAUUUUCAGACCGAUCGGCCAGAAACGUGGCCCAAGAACACUUCGAUCCAAUUGCAAGAAGCCUGCGAAGUUCGGCUCAGAUCGGUUAUUUGCAACUGAACCGAAAGUUCAGGCAUUGACAAAUCCUCGUUUAACAUGAGUCGGCCUUAUUUCUUUUCGGUAAAUCUCCAAUUCAAAGGAUCCCAUAAGCCUGAAAAAAAAGCCUGACAAUCGAGAAAAGUCCAAAUAUUAAAUAAAAUGAGACCAAUUCUAAACGGUUUCGUUUUGCAGAGAAGAACGCGAUGCGCGCGACGCGAAAGAGCGUCAGAAGCAAAAGAAACUGGAUCAGGAACGGAAGGACCGCGAGAAGAGGGAUAUGUUGGCUAGGAACGAGGCGAAGCGGAUACAAAAUUACGAGGACGUCGACUGGGACGCCGGUGCGGCUCGAAACGACGACGACGCCGGCAAUCUUUCCGAUGAUUUUAUGUGA